AUUCUCAGUUUGACUUUCCAGCAGCUCACAGGCAGUGAAUUGGACGUUGGCAGUAUUCACCAUGAGCAGCAGCUACAGCGUGUCCCUGAUCGGACCUUCCCCGUGGGGCUUCAGACUUCAGGGCGGCAAGGACUUCAGCAUGCCGCUAACCAUCUCCAAAUUGACAGAUGGAGGAAAGGCGGCUAAAGCCAAGAUCAGUGUUGGUGAUGUGGUUCUGUCCAUCGACGGCAUCCACACUGAGAGAAUGACACACCUGGAGGCCCAGAACAAGAUCAAAGCCUGCAGCGGGAACCUCAACCUCUCACUCAUGAGACCUUCCAGUGUCAUUAAAGUGGAGACACCAAAGGAGGAGCCGCUGGAGAUCAUAAAGCCGGUUCCUAUCAGCCAAACCCCUGCGUCCGCCAGCAGCCCUGUCGGUCUGACCCCUGCCUAUAAUAAGACGGCUCGUCCCUUCGGCGGGGCCACAAACACUGUCCGAUCCGUCAGUCCAUCCCCCGCUGCACCCAAAGCCUCCAUCCCAUCAGCCUCUUCUGCUUUCACUCCUGCUGCUCCCUCCCAGCAGCCGCCGCAGCCUCCAUUCCCUCUUGCUGGCUCCGCCCAGCGCUCACAGCCCUCCCCUAAUUCCAUAUCUAGCCCUGCCUCUAACUCCGCCCCCAAACCAUCAUCCGGCCGCUCCCCAUUUGCCAACUCCUCCUCCGCAUCAUCUUCCGGCUCCUCCUCCCCUGCAAGAGUGACAGCUCCGGCUCCGGCUCCGCCCCCAGCCUCAGCCACGCCUCAUUCGUCUGUUUAUAACACGCCCAUAAGCCUGUACUCCAAUCAGAACGCAUGUGAGGUUGCUAUGGGCCAGAGGCGUGGCCUAAUGGAGAGCAAAGGGGAGCAGCAGAACGGAACGGCCCGUAAGCCUGUGCUGGAGACGGAGGUGAACCAUGUUUCUCCACUCAGCGACGCCAGUAAGAAGCGUCUGAUUGAGGACACAGAGGACUGGCAUCCACGAACCGGCACCACUCAGUCCCGCUCCUUCAGGAUCCUGGCACAGAUCACCGGCACAGAGAACGAUCAAGCUCAGGAGAGCCGGCCUGGAAAGAAUGAGGCGGUGGAGGAUCUUCAGCCCAGCUCUCACUCCUCAUCUUCAGUGUUCACCAUGAGCAAGAGUCCUGCUGGAGCGACUCGACAGGGAAACGGCAUCAGUGCAGCUCCAGCCAAACACUGGCAGACCUCCAGCAGCAGCGGCGCAGGGUUUCCUAGAUCAGGUGGUGCAGGUGUGGCCCCGACGGGACCCUCAGCUGGACGGGGGGUCAGCAGCAGUGUUCCCAAGGGCCCUGAGCGGCCCGUGCCUCAGCCGCACCCCAGAGACCAGGACGAGUCUGUGGUGCAGAGAGCUGAACACAUGCCGGCCGGGACACGCACACCCAUGUGUGCUCACUGCAACACCGUCAUCAGGGGUCCGUUCCUGGUGGCGAUGGGUAAGUCGUGGCACAAGGAUGAGUUCACCUGCUCUCACUGCCGCAGCUCUCUGGCAGACGUGGGCUUCGUGGAGGAGCGGGGGUCCGUGUACUGUGUGCUCUGCUAUGAGGAGUUCCUCGCUCCCACCUGCUUUCAGUGCCACAAGAAGAUCAUCGGAGAAGUCAUCAAUGCCCUGAAGCAAACCUGGCAUGUGAACUGCUUCCUGUGUGCGUCCUGCAAACAACCCAUCGGCAACAACACCUUCCACCUGGAGGACGGACAGCCGUACUGCGAGAAAGAUUAUUACUCCCUCUUCGGCACCGGCUGUCAUGGAUGUGACUUUCCCAUUGAAGCAGGAGACAAGUUUCUGGAGGCUCUGGGCUUUACCUGGCAUGACACCUGCUUUGUCUGCGCGGUUUGCAGCACGAGUCUGGAGGGUCAAACUUUCUUCUCCAAGAAAGACAAGCCACUGUGCAAGAAACACGCUCACACCGUCCAGUUCUGAUGAUGAUCCUCACCUUCAGCACCGCCGUGGCCUUCUUUCACUCUCUUCACAUGUGUUUUAGUACAGAAAUGUGUUUAGCUUGAUUUCCCUCAGAACGCUGAUCAUCAUGUGACAGAGACCGCUUACAGAGUACACAUUCAGAUAAAGUGCUUUUAGAGAUCAUCGUGAAGAUGCAAAUGUUCUAAAAUAAUAAAAAUAAUUCAAAUGUU